UUUGCACAUCAGAGACACACUAAUGAACAAUUAACACACCUUGCAAUUAUAUGGGUGGCUAUAAAAGCAUGCGCAAUGGAUGAAGAAAAUUCUUUUAACAAUGGCUGUGUUAGCGUUGUUAGAGGACAUCGCAAAUGGUCACAUCCGAAGGGAACGUAUAUUUAGGGAACGCGAGGACUUACUCGCAAAUGAUGACGAUUGGCUCAUGAGCCGAUUUCGUUUCCCCAGGCCAGUAUUACUGGAGCUGUGCGCAGAGCUGCGGCCGGCCCUAGAGCGCCACACAGCCAGGAGCCAGGGGUUGUCCGUGCCCACACAGGUGCUGACCACGCUGGGGUUCCUGGCAACAGGGGCCUUCCAGCGGGAGCUGGCCGAUCGGUCAGGAGUGUGCCAGUCCACCCUGAGCCGAGCCAUGCCAGCUGUGUGGGACGGAAUCAUCCGAAUGUCAUCCAGCAUGGUUGGGAACAGGCUGGAGGCUGGCACUGUGCGCGAUGGGUGGCUUCUGGGGGACCGUGGCUACCCCCUAAGAACGUGGCUGAUGACCCCUCUUACGAACCCCAACACCGACCAAGAGAGGAGGUAUAAUGACCUCCAUUCCCGGACGCGAAUUAUUGUGGAGAGGGCAAUCGGCCUGCUGAAGGGACGGUGGCGAUGCCUGGACAGGUCGGGGGGGAUGCUACUCUACAGACCUGAGAAGGUGUGCCACAUUGUGAUGGCCUGUGGCGUCCUCCACAAUGUGGCACACCACCAUGGCAUACCACUGCCAGAGCAGCACAACCCCCCACUGGAGGAACCGGAUGCCGGACCCGUCAACUGCAACCCACCCCGAGGAGCCAUACGGGCCCGGCAGACUGUGAUUUCAAGCAUGUAAAGAGCACAGCUCGGUUGAGGACACGGCCGGUCGGGUGGUUGGCAGAUGAAUUGGAGGCGCCGCGUGCAGCGGAGCCGGUGGAGAAACCGGAGUCAGCGGUGACGCUGGAGACGCCGGGGCCGACGGAGGAGACGCCGGGGCUGGAGACGCCGGGGCUGGAGACGCCGGGGCCGACGGAGGAGACCCCGGGGCCGACGGAGGAGACGCCGGGGCCGACGGAGGAGACGCCGGUGCCGACGGAGCAAUCCGUGCCCUCUCCUUGCUUGUCUAUUCAAAAAUAAAAAAAUUAAGUUAAUAAACACGAGUCAA